CAGUUAACCUUACUUUUUUAAAUCGUUUAUUGUCAAAAUAUUUGAAUUGUUUAAGUGCAGCGUGAUGUGAAAAAUGAGUGCUGAGGAAACACGGACAGAACCGAAACCGGUUUUCAAAACCGCAUCUUUUUAUCACAACUCGAAAACAAAUGUUAAAAAACGCGCUUGGAAAUCCCUGAAACAAAUCAUUUCUACUGAAAAGGCACUACCAUGGCCUGAAAACGUUGUUCAUUACAGUUCCAUAAAUGCACCUCCUUCAUUUAAACCAGCUGAGAAAUUCUCAGAUUUGUCUGGCUUACCAGCUCCAUAUACUGAUCCUCAGACAAGACUGCGAUUUGCAAAUAAAGAAGAAUAUGCCACACUUAUAGGACUUCCAAUGGACAUUACAGCUGGGUAUUUAGCUUUAAGAGGAGCAAGUAGUAUUGUAGGGUAACAAAAAGAAUUUAAAUUUAAAACAUUUUUAUUUAUGAGUAUCAUUAGGUAAAUAAAUUAUUCAACCAUUAUUUUACUGGCGGGCGACUUUAAAAGCGCGGCAAAAUAUAAUUUAUCUGUUUUACAUAUUUGCCAGUCAUAAGUUACUUGCUUAUUACAUGUAUCAAUAUUAACUCUUACUUUAUCAUCAUUGAUUAAUUCACACAUAAAACAAAUCUGAAAAAUAAAUUUUAUUCAUUUUACUCUGAA